AUGGGUAUUAAUAGAAGCAAUAUAGUAAAAAAAUCUGGCAAUAAUAAGGCCAACAGGUGCAAAAACAUAACUAAGAACCAAAAAAGAAGAAAUAAAAUUCAACUGGAAAAAUUUAAUCAACAGCAUAAUGGCAACAACAAUGAACUUAUAAAAGAUAUCAUAUCAUCUACCAAUAUUUCUAGUGCCAAUCAAAAAAAAAAAAAGGUACUGCUGAAUGGUAAACAAUUAAUACAAGAUAUAGCCAAAGAUAAGAAAUAUAAUAAAGAAAAACUAGAAAAAAAAAGUAAAGCAAAUGAUGAUUUAGCCAAACAAUUAGAUUUAAUAUCAGGAUUUUCCUUAUAG